UGGGGGGCUGUUCUGUGCUGCGGAGCCGGGGCGGGCUCGGUGGAACCCAGGCGCGCCGAGGUGCCGCCGGGCCGGCUCACUUUCGCCGCCGCGGCGCUUUGUUAGCGGGGGUCUCUGCGAGAGCGCCCCGGGCCGGGCCGGGCCGGCGCCAGCGGCUGGAGGGCGGCCUCGGGGCGCGGCGGGGCCCGGGCUGGUCCCCUCGCGGGGCCGCCCCGCUGGUGCGGACGGGCGGCGUUGAUGUCCUCUUUCUGCCCCAGCAGGAAAUGGCAGCGCUGGGCAGGUCCUGCCAGGGCGUCCCCGCAGGCCCUGCCGUGGAGUUCCCGCAGGUGCCGGCCUUGGCCCCCGACCGCCACGGCCCGCAGCCCGCCGGCGGCGGCCACGACCGCCUGCAGCCUCCCGCGAUGAUGAUGAUGAUGAUGGCCGGGAACGGAAGCGACGGUACCGAUGGCGGCGGUUCCUCCGGCCUAUACCUGCCAAGCGGCUUCGACGUGGCCUCGCUCGCCGCGCUGGGCAGUUACAACGAGGGCUCGCCGGUGGCCCCGGUGGGCUCCUUCACGAGCGCGGCGCACCCGCAGCAGGGCUUCGGCCAUGGCUCUGUUCGCUGUGGAAAGAAGCAUAAGCUAGAAGAAGAGACAGAAGGUUGUCCUGUGCGGAAGAAGAGACUGACAGGAGCCAAAAAUUGCCCUUUGAAUCCCAACACUGAAGAAUGGAUUCUCUGUGCAGGUCAGCAGGCGGCUGGGGAGGUAGCAAGUCAGUAUGGUGGCAGCGGUCCUGAAACUGCCAUGUUAGAAAUUCCCUGUGAAGAAAUGGAUCAGACAAUGGGGGAACAGCAAUGCGAGGUUGCUCGCAGGAAGCUUCAGGAAAUUGAGGACAGGAUAAUUGAUGAAGAUGAGGAAGUUCAUGCUGAUGGAAAUGUUAGCAAUCUGCCCACUCUUAUCCUGUCAGAUACCCUUAAAAAAAGGAUGAAGAGGGAUUUUGAUGAAGUCCUGACAAAGAAAAUAAUAGAAUCUAUGAGCCGUCCUUCUAUGGAGCUGGUGCUUUGGAAACCUCUUCCUGAAUUUCUCUCAGAUAAACUGAAGUCUGUUUCUGUUAAGAACUUCAAGCAGCAGAGUAUAGAAGGGUGUCAAGCUAAGCAGUCAACGCCAAGAGCUGCUUUUGACCCACAGACUGAAACAUUCCCUGCAUCACAACAGACUGCCAUGUCUCCAGAUCCAUAUGCUAGUUUGGGAAUAUCUGGGUGUGCAGAAGAAGAAAUGGAGUUGUAGGUACCAGAUUGAAGACUGAAAAUGGUGAGCUUCAGAUGGGUUUUGUUGCUUUUCUUUAAUUCCCUCUUUCUUUCUGGUUUGAUAUGUGAAUCUGAAAUUUUAUUAUUUGUUUUUUUCUUACUAACAAUCAUAAAAACCUGGAUUGGCCAGACACAAGUAACUGAAAAAACUCCCAAGAUUUCUGUUCUCUGGCAUGUUAAAUAUUCUUGUUUUUACUGAGGAGGUAAUCCAGAGGCCUUUGGAACAAGGAAGUAGCUUUCCAUCUUGCUUAAUGGUGGAAUAUCCUCUUAAUUGUCCUUGGUAAAGUAUAAAAUCCAAAUUUUGAAUGUAACUGUGGCUUAAGCCACAUCUUUCACAUACUGAGCCAUUAAGACUUUGGUGCACAUACUAUGCUUGGUCAGUUAGUUUAAUUUGAAUUACAAAAAGGUAUGGAAAGGAAGAAGUACUUUUGAGUCUAGACAUAGAAGAGCAAUCCCUGUGAUAAUACAGUUUUUCACACUAUGUCAUCUGUGGCUGGUUUGUACUUGAUGCAAACUCAAAUGUAGAAAUUGCACAUUCUGCAGUGUGGUGGAGAAGUAAUGUUAUAGCUGAGCAUAACCCUCUUGCUUUGUAGAAAGUAAAACCAGCUACUAGCUUGCAAAGUAUUACUAACUUUAGUCGUCAUCUUUGGUUCAUUAGCUCCUAAACUGUGCUUGUGGGUUUUUGCUGCCACCCUCCCUAAAUGAUGUAAAGUCUUGAAAAAAGUGGUUCUCAGCCAAUUGAUUCACUUACAUUGUGCUGUGAUUUUUUUGUGUGCAUCAAAUUGGAAAGUCAGCUAAAGCCAGUGUAACUUUUGAUGAAAUAAGUGGCAUCCUUUAAUUUUUAAAAACAUGGUAAGCAAACCAGAUAACAGCCACUUUCUGGCAUAAAGAGGGUCAAAUGCUAGUUAUCAUCUGUAAUGAAGUCCCAAACUUGAGGACUUGAGACUGCUGGCACUGGUGGUGAAGAUGUUUGUC